UCGCAACAAAGCAAGAAGAUCUAAACCCUAGAAAUCUCCAAUUCUCAUCGUCUAUCUCCGUAGAGCCAUGGGUGACGACGACAACGAGAUCAUCGGUUUUGAGUCCUUGAAGAUGACACUCGUGUUCUGGAACAUAGAUGACUACCCAAUCCCUGUAGAUACUAGCGAUGAACUUGGUCCUAUUUUUGGUGAAAUCGUAAAAGCUCUUAAUGUAAUGGGUUUUCGGGGUGAGUUCAUAGACGUGAUAUUGUAUUCUGAGCAAGUCAACUAUGACAAAAAAGUGUCCGAACUAAGCCCCCACUGCUUACCCCAUGGUGAGUCUUAUACGGCUGCUGUGUACAAAGUGCCGGAUAUCACUUGGUAUAUGAUUCGUCAGGCAUCUAUGAUUGGAACAGGACCAGUAAAUAUUUGUGUAAUCGCAAAACCAAAAAGGGAGUUGCAUAGGGUUCUGCAGUGCUUGAAAUCUAGGCGUCACAAUGUUCUUCUUGUAGAGCCACCGCCACAGCCUGAUGCAGAACUUCUCUUUACUGUAGACUCUCUGCUUGAGAAUUCACGACUUUUAGGUGGAGGAAAGCCGAGAUUCAAAGAGUUAUAUCCUCAUUAUAUGUGUGAGUAUCAUAUAUCCGAAGAACAAUAUGUGGAGAUCAAAGAAGAUGUCUCCAAGACGGUAGAUUUCUCCGAGCGUAUCCCGACCGCCAAAGGGGCUAGGACAGCCGUCUUCUGGGAUGCUGUGGCUUGCCCAUUCCCUCUUGGUUCCACUCCUGAUAACAUCUACCAAUCUAUCUCAUCAGCUCUUGUGGCAAGGGACUUUAGUGAUAACAUUACCAUCUGGGCCUAUCUUGAUGAUGAUGACAAGAGGUUACUUGGUGACAAGACGUGGGCUUCCAGAAUCCACUUUCUCCCCGGAGGGGAUAAAGCCUCAAGACGUGUCAGGAUAAACGACAUUUAUUUAUGGAAAAGGGACUCUCCUCUGUUGGCCAGGCAUUAUGAAGCUAGUUUGCUCAUAUUCUCCGAUCAGUUCAAUGAUGACGCCUACUACACGGAUAUGCUUCAAAAUUUGGCUAACAUGCAUUACGAUCUUCUCUUAGUCACUCCGACUCUCGACAUCAACAAACCAGAAUGCCCUGAAUGGCCUCUAUUGCUUUUAGAUAGAGGCGCACACUUGUUUGAUGAUGAAACAAGCCGAAUCUCUCAACAACCUUCUUCUUGUCCCACACAGCAUGGAGCCAAUGCCACCGCAGAAGAAGAAACCCCUGAGAAGCUUGCCACGCAUGGCAGUUUUCCCUUGGAAACUGAGGACAUCAAUAAAGUAGAAAAUAGACCUUUUGGUGAUGUAACAAAUGAAAGAUCUGAAGAUGCAGAGGCCGAAGAGAUGAUGGACAGUUUUUUCUGGGAACCUCGGACUGAGGACAUGAACAAGCCAGAAAAUCCUGAAUGGCAAAUAGGUGGAGGUACAGGCAGUGAAAGCUCUGAAUAACCUUGUCCCAAAAAGCAUAAAGCCAAUGCGUCUGAAGAAGAAACCCCUGAGAAGCUUGCAACGCAUGGCAGUUUUCCCUUGGUUCCUAUCACUCUGAACAUGAACAAAUUAAAAACCUUUGACUGUCAAAUGGUUUAGUGAACAAAUUUCGUAGUUAUAAAAGUCGAUGUAUAGACUUCUUGUUCAUACCACUUCUGUUUUUCUAGUUGUGGCAUGCUUAAGUCAUAUUAGUAGCAUGCUCAAAUCUCACUUCUUUUUUUUCCUUAUGUUUUGCUUUAUUUUCUUUAUGGCUUUUUUAACAUAAAAACCCCUUAACUAAGUUUGUAAUCCCUCAACUAAGUUUGUUUUGGGUAAAAUUCUC